GUUUUACUCUGAUGCUGAAGGUGGCGCCAUACAACUGAAAACCGACCUCCGGAAAAUAGAGAGUAGAAGAAGAGGAGGCGGAAGCCUGAACAUGCAAAAUAGCCAGAAUGGGCACCCAAAUGAAAGAUGUCAUGAUCAAGCCUGACGCUCCCAGCACACUGUUACUGGACAAACAUGCGGACUACAUCGCUGCCUACGGCUCCAAGAAGGACGACUAUGAGUACACUCUGUCCGAGUACCUGAGGAUGAGCGGCAUCUACUGGGGGCUGACAGUGAUGGACCUGAUGGGUCAUCUGCCCAGGAUGAACCAGCAGGAGAUCAUAGACUUCAUUAAAUCCUGUCAGCACGAGUGCGGCGGCAUCAGCGCCAGCAUCGGCCACGACCCCCAUCUCCUCUACACCCUCAGCGCUGUGCAGAUCUUGAGCUUGUAUGACAACGUGGACGCGAUCGACGUGGACAAAGUGGUGGAAUACAUCAAAGGGCUGCAGCAGGAAGACGGCUCGUUUGCGGGAGACAAAUGGGGAGAAAUAGAUACACGGUUUUCUUUCUGUGCCGUCGCCACACUUUCAUUACUGGGCAAGAUGGAUACAAUAAAUGUUGACAAGGCCGUAGAGUUCGUCUUGUCCUGCAUGAACUUCGACGGAGGUUUCGGCUGCAGACCUGGUUCAGAGUCUCACGCUGGUCAGAUUUACUGCUGCACCGGCUUCCUGUCGCUCACUGGUCAGCUGCACCAGGUGAACGCUGACCUGCUGGGCUGGUGGCUCUGUGAGAGGCAGCUGCCGUCCGGCGGCCUCAAUGGACGACCCGAGAAGCUUCCAGAUGUUUGUUACUCGUGGUGGGUUUUGGCCUCGCUGAAGAUCAUCGGCAGGAUCCACUGGAUCGACAAAGCCAAGCUGCGCACGUUUAUUCUGGCCUGUCAGGACGAGGAGACGGGAGGUUUCGCUGAUAGACCUGGAGACAUGGUGGACCCUUUCCACACUCUGUUUGGAGUUGCAGGUCUCUCCCUCCUGGGAGACGAACAGGUCAAAGCGGUGAACCCGGUGCUGUGCAUGCCCGAGGACGUCCUGCAGAAGAUCGGCGUGCGGCCCGACCUCCUCAGUUAGCCCCUCCCGACCCGGCGCGCACACUCCCAACACACACUUAGGCACACGUACAAACAGCCGUCUCUCUGAACACGCUCCGCUUCACGUCAGCUCCCGCUAAUGGAUGUUGGAAGCAGAGAAGAGGACCACAACGCAUUAUCGUGGUGGAGGACAAAAUGGACAUGAUUCCCCUCUGAUCCUUCCUGGUUCAUAAAAAAAAAAUAGAAAGAUGACAUUCCUUAGCUUAAUGAGUUUAGGGGAAAACUUGUAGCUGUUGGCACAAAGUAGACACGUUUCUUACUCUCCUCACCUUUCAGCUUCUCCACUAACCAAGAAAGUCAAAACCAGGUGCGUCUGUCCUGUUGUGCUUUUUAUUAUUGUGAUCAUACCAGAGUGAUUGGAGAAUCCGGCAGAUGAGUUAAGACGAGGCACAAAGAAGGUAAAAGUUAGAUUCAGUUCAUCUCCUCUCACUUGUUACAGUUUAACAUGUACUAACUUUUAAGCACUACAUCUGUGUUUUCUCAUCAUGCUGCUGCUAUUUCAUUUAAAGAAGAAAAAAUAAACGUGGAAGAGCAAUCGCAAGAGCUUUGGGUUCAGCUGGAGAUGCAGCUCAGGACUCUUGUUCUCGUGCGGCUUUGGUGGAAGUGGAACAGUUCUCUUUGUGACGGGAAACAGCCAGAGGUGCGACGGUGUUUUAAAUGUCUUAUCUCCCAGCUACACUAUUUAUUUAAACCCAGGUUACUCAGCUCAGACGUGCGCGGCUGCGUUCGACCUGCCUCUGUGGAACAGCUUUUAGAGAACUACCAUUUUACCGCACUCUCGUCGUCUUACUGAAUGAAAACGUUGUACCUGGUGUCGGUUAACUGUUCAGUGUCUGUUGUUACAAAAAAAAAGUCAAUAAAUCACGUGUUGACAGAGUUUUAAUUACUGCUAA